CUUUUACGGUCCGAAGUCCGGCAAAACAACAGCAACAACAGCGAUACAUCCGUAAAAAGAACUACAUUUGACGAUUAAACAAGCAGAAUUGAGCAGUUUACGGGAUAUUGACUGGUUUCGUAAAGCUCGGGGUUCAACAUGCCUCAGAACGAGCACAUUGAGUUACACCGCAAGCGCCAUGGCUAUCGCCUCGACCAUCAUGAGCGAAAGAGAAAGAAGGAGGGUCGAGAGGCUCACGAGCGAUCCCAUAAAGCCAGGAAGAUGAUUGGACUGAAAGCCAAACUGUACCACAAGCAGAGGCAUGCUGAGAAGAUCCAGAUGAAGAAGACCAUCAAAAUGCAUGAACAAAGGAAAACCAAGCAGAAGAAUGAUGAAAAGACUCCACAGGGUGCUGUGCCUGCUUAUCUGCUGGACAGAGAGGGUCAAUCCCGUGCUAAGGUCCUCUCCAACAUGAUCAAGCAGAAGAGGAAAGAGAAAGCUGGUAAAUGGGAAGUUCCGCUGCCCAAGGUGCGAGCACAGGGUGAGACAGAGGUGCUCAAAGUCAUCCGCACAGGGAAGAGACAGAAGAAAGCAUGGAAAAGGAUGGUCACUAAAGUCUGCUUUGUUGGAGAUGGAUUCACUCGCAAACCACCCAAAUAUGAAAGAUUCAUAAGACCAAUGGGCCUGCGUUUCAAAAAGGCACAUGUGACGCAUCCAGAGCUGAAGGCCACAUUUUGCUUACCCAUCCUCGGGGUUAAGAAGAAUCCUUCAUCACCUCUCUACACAUCCCUGGGAGUCAUCACAAAAGGCACAGUCCUGGAGGUCAACGUGAGCGAGCUUGGGUUGGUCACACAAGGUGGCAAAGUUAUCUGGGGCAAAUAUGCACAAGUGACAAACAACCCAGAAAACGAUGGCUGCAUUAAUGCAGUAUUGCUUGUAUAAUGAACUUUUGCUGGAUUGCAUGACAAAACAAGGACUGAGUGUGAAGUGGACCAUCAGGACACACUGCUUGAUAUCAUCCAGGCUACUUAAUUCCAAGGCAGAAAAUAUACUUCUAAUAUCUUCCGUGUCUGAAGAUUAGUAGAGGAAAAUAAAAAUUUUUUUCCAAA